CGUGCCGCCGCGCUCCCAUAGAACGGGGGACGGGCGGGCAGAGGCUCGCGCGUUUUUGUCUUUUGUACUACUUACCAAUUUUCAUUACUUAUUUAGGUUUUAUAGUAAAAGAAAUACUAUUUUUAUUAGCUCGUAGAAUAAGUAUUGUAUACAAUAGUGAUAUAAUCAGGCUUUUCAAUCUCGUACCUCACUUAAGCAACUCAGCAAGCUACGUUGCCUAAACACGGUACUCGACUGAAAAGCUCUCUAUUGUAUUAAGAUUGUAUAAAAUACUAUUUCCGUGUUUGGUUUAAAGUUGCUGUUAACUUUGGUGUAACAUUAAGUUGGAAACAUGGUCUUUAAUUAUUUUUCAAAGUUGCUGCAAAGUUAAUUUUUAUAAAAUUAUUUUAUUAAUUAGUAAAAUUACGUACCUACAUGCACAUAAUUAUUAUCAUCAAAAGGACACAAUACCUACAUGAUCUUUCAAUUUUACUGCAAACGGAUGAUGAUCUUUCAGAUUUAAGUUUGUAUUGAUUUAAAGUAACUCUUUUACCUUGGUCCUAGUUUUACCUCGGACAGUUGGCAAUAUUAUUGAAAUACCUACUUCAUUCAUAUUAUUUGAAACGUUAUUAUUAAUCAUCAAAAUCAAGCUAUCAACGAAACUUGAAAGCGGUCGGUAUCUCAAGAAAAAAAUCAAAAUAUAAAUUGUCUUAUGAAAAGUCAGUAUAUCGAAUGUUAAGUACCUACAUCAAGGAUGAUGAUUUCAUGUUUUGCUAACAGAUAAAAAAAAAGAAUAUAAUAUAUGGGUUAAAGUUAAAUAAGUAAUUAGCUACUCGAUGGUAGGAUUACUUCAGCCUAAUCUCAAUUGGAAGUGCUAUUACGAAGCUUACUUGUCUAAAAAGUUGCUUUGUUGUACCUCAGAUACCGGAAAUAUGUUGUACUUUGACCACAACUUGCUACUAAUGUACCUACUUAAAUAUUAUUAUUUUUUUAAGGAUUAAUAUUUGCCGUAUUCCUAAUUAUUGGUUACCUGCGUUAUAAGUUACCAGGUAAUUGAUCUUAGAAAGGAUUCCUAAAAUGAUUAGGCAAAAAUUAAAUAAGACCAUUGCUAACUAUAUUUUUCCAAGGUACUAGAAAAAUCUAUUGAAUGGCGUAAGUAAGUAUGCUAAAAAUAUCUGAUUCCAUACAUGAAUAUUAUUUCUAUGAUUAUUUUAUUAUUAAUUAAAACAAAACAAGCGAAAUUUCGUACUCUUUCGACAAAUACAAUACAUUAAUAGUUGAUUAGUUGGUUAUUGUACGAAUUCCCGCCAUGCCGCCAAUUCGCAAACCCAAAACAAAGACGAUAUGCAGUUCACAUUUCAAAAAAAAUUAUUUGAAUCGUCUCAAUGUCUAAUAUAAUUUGACCCCUAACUUCAGUACUACUAAACGAUAAAUAAUAUGUCAGACAUAAAAUGGACAAUCGAUUCGUGUUGCUACGCAAGUGUUCGGUAAGCGUCGUGAAUCAUCCUUCGUUGUUGAACUGACGCAACUUUCGCUACUUGCUUUAAUAAUACGUAUUAUGAGGUUCUUAAAUUUAAACCUUAAGAAUCAAAAAAUAGAGCACUUUUUUGUCUAACAAAACUUUGACCUUUUUUAAUAUCAUGGUCCAGUAUAUAGCGCGGUUAGCGUCUACCUGACAGCUCCAUCCGUUCGCCGGCCGUAUUGUGCUAUUACCAAUUUACCGCCCAAAAUCCUUAUGAAGAAAAAAAAAACUCCAGCAGAGGCAGCAGAGGCGGUCGAGACAAGAUGGCUGAGGCUGCAUGAAGCUGGUAUUGUGAAUAUUGUGAUAAAGUUUUUAUUGUUACUGGACAUAGUAGGAAGAACUGAACAUGUCUCGAAAACCUUUUGUCCUAAUGUCUAGGCAGGGACAGUUAAAGAAAAUAAAACGAGAAAUGGCACAAAACACACAAACAAAUAAUAUUUCGACCAAUGACAGCCACACAGAGGAAAACAUAUUGUUUUCUCAUCACAACUCUCGUCAGGUGGUGCAGCUAAUGGCAGAGAACGAAUUUGACUUGAAUAGCCCGGGUUCCUCUUGACAUUGUUCCCAUCCUCCUCAAAACCAUUUCAAUUCCUCUCCAAGUCAACAAAAUACUCCAGCUUAUAAUGAUUAUUCGGCAUUUAAUAAUUUUAUUAAUGAACAGCCUUUAUCAGAUAGUGAUAGUGAUGACCAGGUUAAUCCAAUUGAUAUGAAUGAAUCAUUUAAAAAUAGUUUGAGACAUUGGGCUAUCAAAAAUCAAAUAACCCAUGUUGCUACUAAUGAAUUGCUGAAUAUAUUAAAAGAUCAUGAAUGUUUUGAUUUGCCAGCUGAUGCUAGAUCAUUACUUAAGACUCCGGCAAAUGUUAUCUGUCGAGUUGUUGAGCCAGGACAUUACUCUCAUAUAGGUUUGGAGAAAAAUUUGAGGGAAAUAUUGAAAUUUGUUAGUGAAAAUGAUAAUGAAAUUCUUCUAUUAAUCAGCAUUGAUGGGUUACCAUUAUUUAAAAGUAGUACAAUGGAGUUUUGGCCAAUUUUGGGUUCUGUCUAUAAUGUUCCUGCAAUAAAAUCGGUUGUGUUCCCUAUUGGUGUGUAUUGUGGCCCUAAAAAACCUAUUAGCUGCACAUCUUUUAUGGAAGAAUUUAUUUCUGAAGUUGCUAAAUUGAUUAACUCUGGUUUGACUAUUAACGGCAAAAACAUUAAAGUUGCUAUUAAAGGUUUUGUUUGUGAUACUCCGGCAAAAUCUUUUCUAUUAGGAGUCAAAGGACACACAGGUUAUUAUUCAUGUACAAAGUGCAGACAGCCUGGUGUUUAUUUGGAAAACAGAAUGACAUUUCCUGAGUGUGAUGCAACUCUAAGAACCCAUGAAGAGUUUCUCAAGAUGGAUGAUGAAGAUUUUCACCGUACUCAAACGCCAUUAAUAUCAGUACCUGGCAUAAAUUUUAUUAAAAGUUUCCCAUUGGAUUAUAUGCACCUUGUUUGCCUAGGUGUUGUGCGCAGUCUUAUUUAUAUAUGGAUGUUUGGACCAGUACCAAUAAAACUGCCUCGUCAAAUUUUAAAUAACAUCAGUGCUGAUCUGGUUGCUCUUGCCAAGCACAUGCCUUUAGAGUUCAAUAGGAAACCACGUUCUUUGGAUGACGUCAAAAGGUGGAAGGCAACUGAAUUUCGCCAUUUUUUGCUAUACACAGGGCCGUUAGUACUUUCAAAAUUAAAGUCUGAAUAUUUAUCAUAUUAUAACAAUUUUAUAAGCCUUACUGUUUCUAUGAGUAUAUUAUUAAAUCCGGAAUAUUGCUUUAAAUACAAUGAAUAUGCUAGAAAUCUGCUAAAACAUUUUGUCAAAACAUUCAUCAAUUUAUAUGGCGCCCAAAUGGCAACUUAUAAUCUACAUGGUCUUGUACACCUCAGUGAUGAUGUAUAUGAAUUUGGUGCACUUGAUUCCUGUGCAGCAUUUCCAUUUGAAAACUUUUUACAGGUUUUCAAAAAGAAUAUCAGAAAAGGGGCCAAACCUCUUCAGCAAAUAAUUAAGAGGUUCGGGGAAAUGAGUAAUUCUAACUUUUGGACUAAAAACAUAUUACCUUGUGGUUCUAUUUAUCCAAUAUUUUUAAAACCUCACUCAUCAGGCUUGCUUUUGCCAGGGUGUGAUAAAUUACAGCAGUUCAGCUCAAUUAAAUUUCAAUCUUUUGUAAUAAAAACAGCACAUCCGGAUUCAUAUUGUGUUUUAAAACAUGGUAAUAUUGUAGCAGUAUGCAACAUAGUGUUUUCCAAUAAUGUGCAGAGCAUGGUUAUACUCUGUAAAGAGUUUGCAACUAAAGAAAACUUCUUUGGUACACCAUUAAUAGAAAGUUCUAGUAUAGGAAUUAAUAUAGUAAAAGAAAAAAUGAGUCUAUGUGAAAAACCUGUGUCGGAUAUUGUGGGAAAAGUUGUUCUUCUCCCUUUUCAUGAUCACCAUGUCGCAAUCAAAAUGCUGCAUUCAUAGGUCUUAAUCCAUAAUGUCCUUUGUUCCUGUCCUAUCCUUUACUAGCCUUGUGGGUUUUGUCAAAGUGGAUGAUUACUUACUACAGGUAUGUGGAUAUCAAGCCGGGCCUAUUUUUAAAAAGCUUGUAACUUGUUAAUACAAGUUACAAGCUUUUGAGAAAUAUGCCCCUGGUCAAACUGUUAAUACAAGUUGCUUUUGCAGAGCCGAAGUGUAUGAAACACCCAACAUUUUAUUCGCGAUAUUCAAGUUAGUCCUAUAUAUUAGUCCUAUAGUAGAAGUGGAUGUAGCUGCUGCAAGUGUAUGUAGCUGCUAAACCCCCGUGCCGCUACGCGAUAAUAGUUUUAGGAAACCUUUUUUAGCUUUUUAAUUUAUGACAUUGAAAUAAUUUUGAAACCAUGCACAGUCAGGGAGAAAAUUGAAUUAUUUAAAAAUACACAUUUGAUGCCAUUCGCUGUUUCUAUCACGGAUUAAGAUCAAGAAACGAACCUUAGAGCACUAGGAAAGCCACCUAGUAUCAAAGAAAACAUUUUCCAUACAUUAGCUAAAAAUACAAGGUUAUUCACUUAAUUGCAUAAGGAUAUUUCUGUGAUUCAUUACAGCUUGCAGCAUGUCUUCAUAAGUGAAAAAAUGUAUAAAAAAUAGUAACUUUGAUUUUCGUGAUUUUUAGUAAUCCAAUAGCAUCAGAGUAUUGUUACAGAUGGCGCCAGCGUAGGUUUUCCCCGUCAAAUUUUAGUUUGGGAUUUGGCUGAAAUCCCAUAGAACAAAACUAGAUACUGGGGAAACAUAUGCUGGUGGCAUCUAUCAAAACCUUUAACAUUUGCCUUCCCCAUUGUGAUGUCUUCAUACAAAAUUAUGAUUUUAAAAAGCGUAUAAUAUGAGUAUGUGAGUGAUUGACCGAAGUAAUAAAAGAGCAUUUUCACAAUGUAUGGGAAACGUUUUCUUUGAUUUGUGUUUUUCCUAGUGCCCUUGCCUUAACAUGGCUUGGUCUCUAUGAAAUCCCUGAUGGAAGCAGGACAGAUGGCACUAAAAAACUUUGUUUUAACCAAUUUUGUUGCUGCCUACAUUAAAAUAAAAAUUGCAAUGUUAUAAUUUAAAAAAAUCUAAAGGCCCGCUAAGAUAAUCUUCUUAUAGGGGCAUGGGAUUAUAGUAGCUGCCAAUACUGACCCAUUAAAAAAACCAUCCUGUAUGACAAAAUCGUUACUACUUACUUAUUUCGUUGGUCAAUUUAGCUAUGCUUCAUAGGUACUUAUUUUGUAAUGUAUUUUCAGAUUCUU